CUUUUCGCGAUUGGCUUUGAGUUUUUGGUGUAAAAAAUAGUUUUGGUGACGUCAUGAGAAUAUGGCUGGUGUUUAUUAUAUACAAUCAAUUUAUUUAUUUAUCACUCUCAACAAUAUCGGAGCUAAAUAAUUCGGAUCCCAAGUUCAGCGGACCUAUAAGUAAUGUAACCACGCCAGUGGGGCGUGAUGCGACGCUAACUUGCAUCGUGCACGAUUUAAUGUCGUUUAAGCUUGCCUGGCUGCGAGUCGACACGCAAACCAUACUGAGCAUACAAAAUCACGUCAUUACAAAGAGCCACCGCAUAGGCAUCAGCCACACAGAGCAUCGCAUCUGGCAGUUACGCAUACGCGAUGUACGCGAAUCUGAUCGCGGUUGGUAUAUGUGCCAAAUAAAUACAGAUCCGAUGAAAAGUCAAGUCGGUUAUCUGGAUGUGGUGGUGCCACCCGAUAUAGUUGACUACCAAACCAGUCACGAUAUGAACGUACAGGAGGGACAAAACGUUAGCCUCACAUGCACCGCAACAGGCCUGCCAAUACCAACGGUAACUUGGCGACGUGAACGUGAUGUGCCGCUACAGAUUAUCGGUGGUAUUGAGAUUUACAGCAUAGAAGGAGCAAAUCUGACACUCUGGCAGGUGACAAGAGAAAAUAUGGGCGCCUAUUUAUGCAUAGCCUCCAAUGGCAUACCGCCAACAGUGAGCAAACGUGUACUAAUUGCCGUUAAUUUUGCACCAACUAUUUGGACCCAUUAUGAUACAAUACACGUCGGUUAUGGUGAGAAGGUGACGCUCGAAUGUAUAUCUGAAGCACAUCCAACAACAGUGAAUUUCUGGUUGAAAGGCAAGGAAUUUGUGCAAAGCGGCACCUAUGAAUCCAUCACUUUGGAUAAUGUCUUCAGAAUUGUAAUGCGUUUGAUUAUACGACCCACGAAUAUGAGAGACUUUGGUGAUUAUCAUUGUGUAGCUAAAAAUUCAUUGGGUGAAUCCGAACGUAUAAUAACAGUUAGACAUAAGUCCAAGAAAAAUGGCCAUCAUACUCACCACAUAGACGGAAAAGACAAUCAGUUGAUUUUAAUUGAAGAAUACACUUCGCCAGCUACGCCCACAAUGCUAUACAAAAUCCACUUUAUUUUAGUUUUAAUGACGCUAGUGCUUUGGGAACUGUAAGAAAAAAUAU